GUGGUUAAAUCUUAUUUAUGGUAGAAUUAAAUUUUGUGUAGAAUAAUUAUAUUUAUUAUAAUAUGUUAAUAAAUACACAAUUUAUAUUAAAUGUGUUACUAAUCGCUAGUGUUAUUAACUACGGGCAGAGCAUCGAUGUUAACACCACAUCGGGUGUAGUGAGGGGUCAGACCCUACCGGUGCUCAACCGGAAAAUACAUGAGUUUUUAGGCAUACCGUUCGCUGAGCCGCCAGUGGGCGCACUUCGGUUCGCCCGACCGGUGCCCAUAAGUACACCACAAAAGGCCACAAUCGACGCGACGGUACCGAAGAACUCAUGCAUACAAAUACCUCCCGAAGACGCCCACGAGUUGUGGGGAAAUGUAACCACAAGUGAAGACUGUUUGGUAUUAAACAUAUGGACACCACAGGCGGGAAACACCGGUACAACCAAACCAAAAGCGCCGGCACUAAAACCGGUGAUGUUUUGGAUAUACGGCGGCGGACUCACCACUGGAUCCAUAGUUUUUCACGACUUUAACGGCAGUGUUUUGGCCGCCAAUGAUGUCGUACUCGUGGCCCCGAACUAUAGGUUAGGACCGUUUGGUUUCAUAUACGGGGAUCGGGAGGACGCGCCCGGAAAUGUCAGAGAAAACAUCCAUAAGUUUGGCGGAGAUAGGGAUCAGAUCACUAUAUUUGGUCAAAGCGCCGGCGGGUGGUCUGUGUCCGCACACAUCAUCUCUCCGUUAAGUAAAGGCCUCUUCGCGAGGGCUAUACUGGAAAGCGGGUCUUAUAUGAACCAUAAGGACAGGGAUGUGAUCAAUAAGACUGAGGCCUUACUUCUGGCCAAAGAUAUGGCACAACAGUUGAAAUGCAAUCCAUUAGAGGAUUGGCUGCAAUGUCUGCGAAGAGCGGAUCCCAAAGACAUAUUAAAAUUUGAGGCGGAGAUGACAUUCCCUGUGGAGGACACAGACUUUUUGCCCAUAUCUGCACAAAAGGCAUUAGCGUUCAAAAAAUUUAACCAAGACAUUGAUCUAAUGGCUGGUGUUGUGCGCGACGAGGGGUCGGGCUUUGGGUCCCAUAUAUACCAACACAUUGAGAAUAUAACGGCUGAUGUCUUCCAAGACCUGGUUUUGGCCACAAACAAGAUAUACCACGGAUUGGACGCCCGGAAUGUCACCGACUUUUACCUUAAUCUGGUGGACACGGAUCAGCCCCGAGAGAUCGAGUGGGCGUACGAUAGGUUUGUCGGCGAUCUGACCAUCAAAUGCCCGACAUAUGUGUUCGCGAAACAGUUUGCCAAAAACAACCAUGAUGGGAAUCAGAGUAGAAAUGUCUAUUUCUAUGAGCUGACCUACGAGAGCAAGUUUGUGGCCAAUGUGACCAAUUGUAAACGUGGUAUUUGCCAUACGGCUGACGUGCCCUUUGUGUUUGGGAUGCCGUUUAUAAUACCGGAUCAGUUCACAGAAGAAGAGACAUAUUUUAGCAAACAGAUGAUCAUUAUGUGGACAAAUUUCGCUAAAACAGGAGUGCCAGAUAUCUCGUGGCCACAGAUGAUGGACAGUAAACAUGAUAUUAAAGUACGUGAACUCAAUCCG